AUGGGAAUACCACCAAACGAACCGGAUCUGUCAGAAAUGGCUGACAGCGCUCUUCCCAGUCGUUACCAAAGUCCUGAGCCUCAUACCCGUGACAAUAUAUGUGCCCAAGAUCCUUUGCUCACGAUCGAAACGCAAGAGAUAUACCAUGCGAUCGAAGUAUACAAGGAGGAUAUACACCCGAUAUACCCAUUCUUGCCCCUUGAAGAGACCCGCAAAACUCUGCCAGCAGUAUUGAAUUACCUAGGCCGUGGAACAGAUCUCGAUACGGGUGACCGGAAUCAUCGUGAUAAUUCUGUUGGUCAGAAAGAUGUAAAAAUUCUGAAAAUGAUUGUUGCAAGUGUCUUGGUAUUACAGGGUGGAGGGAACAGUAUGCUUGCACAACGUCUCGUGGACAGCGUAGAGUGUGCAUCCAGCACUUCUCCCCGGCUAGUGGAGAUUGAUGUACAAGAGUUGCAGGUCCUUACAAUGAUAAGUGUGUAUUAUUUUCAUUGUGAUGAGCCUGUCCUGGCGUGGAGGACCAUUGGUACCGCAGCUCGAAUGGCCCUUGAAAUGGGUCUCCACCGCCGAGAGAGCCUAGAAAAGAAUAUUCCACAUGCGGCUACUCAGAGACAAGCCGUGAUUAUCUUUUGGUGCAUCUAUGUCUUGGAUCGACGUUGGAGCUUUGGCACGGGCAUGCCUUUUGUUCUCCAGGACAGCGAUAUCGACCCUUCUCUGCCAAUCGAGUACUGUGAGCCAUAUCUACAGUGUAUGAUUUCCUAUGGAGGGAUUUGCUCGAAAGUGUGGAAUGCAGUGGCUGGUUUCAAUACAUCUAAAACCACUGGGAAGGACACUGUGGAUUACCUGGACUUUCAACUUCAACAAUGGCUGAAGAGCAUUCCCAAGGACCUACAACUUAUUCACCCUCGACUAGAUGAUGUUGCGCGAGAUCAACCACGUAAUUUACAACACCUGCGCGUGCUUCUGUAUAUCCGCGCCAACCACUUGCGCAUAUUCGUGCAUCGCCAACAUAUCCUCUCACCAGCUCGAAUUUUUCAGAAUUUGGAAUCUGCGCGACUAGUUAUUGACAUAGCUAAAGAUACGAUUCGCGUCCUGGUGCAUCUUCGUGAGACAUCAACUAUUUACGAGACACAGCAAACUGCUUUCAACUAUUUUCUGGUUUCGGCCAUCUCUGCCAUCUUUCUCGGUGUGUGUCAUGCACCAGCCGAAUUUAGCCAUAGUUGUCGAAUGGAGUUUUAUAGUUCGCUGGGACUUUUAUCCGCCCUGUCUGCACAUUCGUCUAUCACGCGUCGAUUAUGGAAAAGCGUUAAAGGUCUGCACCAGAUUGCUCCACGUUUGGGCCUUGCUCCGACUGGCGCGCCAGCUCCUCCUUCCUUACCGUCAAAUCAGAACACACAUUCUACGUGUCAGCAGCAGAACAGGCAACAACCUGAAGAACCAGGGCAUGAUUCUCAUAGCUUUGUGAACACAAACCGUGUUGAAUUUUCUUCAGUCAGAGGUACCGUUGCCUCUAUACCUAUGCCACUCCCUGCUGCGGACAAAUCCUCGCGAUGUGAUAACGUGUCUUUACCUAGGAUACCAGAUAAUUUUCAAAUAGGUAGCGAUCUAACCGCUCUCUUUAAAGCCAUGGGCCAUCGGCCCCAAGAUGGGCUUCGCUCCUCAGAGAUCGCUACUCCAACUUGGUUGUCGGAAGAUGUUGGUCAAUUACAAGAAGGAAGGGAAGUCUCACAACUGUUUGAAGGGCUUUUAUAA